CCAAGCCACCCAGAAAGCGCGCGUACAUAGCACCAAAACAACAUAACAUGGCGGGAAAAUUAAACCCUAAAGAAAACCCCAAAUUCAAACCUCUCAAUUCGCACACCGAAACUUUCAUGGAAAAAUACUUGGUCAGUCUCAAGCCCUCGUCUCAAAAUCCCAGCAAACCUAUCUCACGGUGCAGAUGGAGUCGGAGCAUGAUCGAACUGAACGGAAGAUUCGAGCCCAAUUACCGCCAUUCUGUCUCCGGUUUACUCAUGGAAUCAUAUUCGGAGCUUAAGAAAUUUCCGCAUUUGUACCACGUCAAUGGCGGACCUUGUCAAACCCAUUUGAAUUGGAUCGACAAUGAAGCGUUUCUUUAUCGCCAAGCGCCAAUCACAAAGCAAGGAAUCUCUGCACUGGAUUUUGACCAAAAGGGAAUAUACCUGGCAUCUGUGACAAAAUCAGGGUGCUUAACAGUGCAUGAUUUCGAAACUCUUUAUUGCCAGAGUAAUGAACCUUUGCACCGCUUGAAGGAAGAUGAAUCAAAACAUGUGGUGCACCUUUCUUUCGAUCAACAACUAGACUUUGUUCAGUGGAAUCUUGCUAACCAAGAUGAGGUUGUUUGCACAUCUACAAAAAGGAAUGAAGUACUUAUAUUUGAUAUUAGUUAUAUCUCAUCUAAACCAUCCCAGGUGUUAAGGACAAGACAUAGUGUUUCCGUCUUUGGGUCUAAUAUUCAUAAGGGCCUUACUGAUACUGCUUCUACUUCACUUGAUGAUUCCAGAAUACUGGCUUCUGAUACACAUGGUGCAAUCAACGUAUGGGACAGAAGAAAGAGCACAUUUCCAUGUCUUGAACUCACUACAGAUUCCCGUGGAACCCUUAAUAGUAUCCAAUUGAAUGUGGAAAAUCAGAUCGUUUUUGGAGCUGGAAAGAAUGGAUUUAUUUAUAUAUGGGAUCUUCGUGGUGGAAGAACAUCUUCUACUCUUCAGAGUAAUAAAGAAAUACGUCAUCCACCUCUAACAUCAUUGAAGUUAUCAUCAAUGUUAGAGAAAAUUGGGCCUCUGAAGGCACAAUCAGACAUUGUUUCUAAGGAGAUACAAUCCAUAAAUCUCGAUCCAUCCUGCCCGCAUCAGUUGGCAUUCCACCUUGAUGAUGGUUGGUCAGGUGUUUUGGAUGUUUAUAAUUUUCAAGUUACACAUAUUCAUUGUCCUCCGCCUGCUUGGUUAAAUGAUUCUGGUGUGUCAGCUGAUCUGUUAUAUUUGAGAAAACCUUCAUGGCUGCCAAUAAAUUCGAUCUAUGUGGUUGGAUCAUCAACUGACAGUGGGAUUUAUAUUUUGGAUUUCUAUCCCAAUUCAAGCUCUCCUAGCCAUGUGGACUACAUAGACGAUGCACAAAAUCUUUCUGGGGUAAAGAAUCAAGAUAAGAAAAACAGGUUUCUUCCAUUGUCAGAAAGAGUUACGGCAUGUGCAGUUCAUCCUCUCAACAGUACCAUUAUUGCUGGAACAAGGAAUUCAUCUUUGCUCAUGAUUUCGCAAAGUCACAAGUCAUGUUAAAGUGAACAACUGAUGCUAUGGCGACUUGUAUCUCUCUACCAGUGUAGGCAGAGAUGUCCAGUGGUCAAGAAACAACUGCAAAAUGCUUAACCCCGAGGCUCUUAUGAUUUGUGCAGUUCAUAAUUUGUCAGUUCAUAAUAUCCAGGGGACCAGAGGAAGAGUAGACGUAUUUUCUUUUGUAGAUUUUAUAGAUUGGAGGAUUGUUGUAGAUUGUAGUGAAUAGUUUGUUUGAGAAGAUUUCAGAGAUCGUGAAAUUGUACGUUUUGACCCAAAAUAACAUAUACAUUAUUAUGGAUGAAUAUUUUUGUCUAUGGAGA